UGAAGUAUCUAGGCAAACACUGUUCUCCAGAAGAACCUGUGGAGAAGUAUUAAUGUUCAUUCCCAGAAUUCCUUAAUCCUAGUACUGGCCAUAUUUCGUGUUUUUUUUGCAGGUUUUUGCGUUUGGGAAUACACGCACGGCGCGCACCUCAGCUGCAACGCGUAACGCGAGCGCACGAGAUAUUGCGGGCAUCUGUGCGCGUGUGCCAGGUCUGCAUGCUUCAUCUGAACUGAUCUUGCUUGGUUGAGGGAAACACAGGGACAGCGCGUUCACCCCGGAGCGGCGUCACGCGCAGCAGGAUAGACGUCCCGAGCCGCUCCGAUGCGCGCGACACUCCUGGGAAUAUUGCUCCUCGGAUUUGUGACGCUCGCGCACGCCGAGGAAUGUGGACGUCAUGGGAAGAUCAGUUGCGACUGCACUAGAGGCGAAAAGGGCGAGCCAGGUUUUCCAGGUCUAUUUGGAUCAAAAGGAGAAGAUGGAAUUUCGGGAGAUAAAGGCCAACCUGGACCCAUGGGCCCCAUGGGUGACCCAGGACCUCAAGGGAUACAAGGACCGAAAGGCUCACAGGGACUUCCUGGGAAUCCAGGAUUAUGGGGUGCUCCAGGACGGCCUGGAUUACCAGGAAAUGAAGGGCCUCAGGGACCACCUGGUAGCCCAGGAUGCAACGGCACAAAGGGUGACCGUGGUCCACCUGGACCUCCGGGAAUUUUCGGAGCUGUCGGCAUACAGGGAGCAAAUGGUCCCCCUGGCCCUAAGGGUGACACGUGGUACUUCCCUUUUCCUAAAGAUGUGAUGGGACAAAAUGGUUUUCCAGGUAGAGAUGGGCCAAAGGGUGAGCCUGGACCGCAAGGUAACUGUGGACUAACUGGACCAAUGGGAUGUGAGGGACCUAUGGGAGAAAUAGGAUGCCCUGGUCUUCCAGGAGAAAAGGGUGUAAUGGGACGUUCAGAAGGACCUGUCCUGCAAGGUUCAAAAGGCGUGAGAGGUCUUCCUGGCGUACCUGGGCGGAGGGGUAUCAAGCAAUUUGCAACAGGACACAGAGAGCUCAAAGGAGAUCCAGGGGAUCCAGGAGACAGAGGCAGUCCUGGAAUUCCAGGCCAGCAAGGGCCUUGUGGCCCUAAAGGACAGAAAGGAAGCACAGGAGAUCCAGGACCUCUGGGUGAAGUUGGGCCGAAUGGGCUUCAGGGAGAAUAUGGUCCUAAUGGCUAUCCUGGAGUCAGAGGAAAUACAGGGCUUCCUGGGGCCCCUGGUUCAAAGGGGGAGAAAGGUGACCGUGGUUGCGCUGGUCCUCCAGGACAAUGUGUUCCGUGCAAUACAGCUCAGAAAGGCCGAAGAGGACCUUCGGGUUUACCUGGACAUCCUGGCCUUAAAGGUCCUCAAGGUGUAAGUGGUUUUCCUGGAAAUUUCGGCAUUCCAGGACCAGGUGUACCUGGAAACCUUGGGGAGCCUGGUCCCCCAGGCUUUAGCGGAAUUAAGGGUGAAAAGGGAGAACGAGGAUCUCAAUUGAUCGGACCAGUGGGACCUUAUGGACCUCAGGGAAAACGUGGGUCUCCUGGUGAUCCUGGUCCUAAAGGACUACCAGAAAUUCAUAAACGUCAAGGCCCAUCGGGGUUGAAAGGAAAGAAAGGCAAUCAAGGGCCUGAGGGUGAAAAGGGAAAACCGGGGGAACAAGGUGAGAAAGGAGAUGUCUGCAACCUGUGCCUUUUUUCAGGCCCUGAAAAUGGACCUCCAGGGCGAUCUGGUGAACGUGGUGCACAAGGAGAUCCAGGUUUAAAUGGAGAACCUGGCAGCACAGGAUCAAAGGGUAUUAAGGGGCAGGAAGGUCCACCUGGCCAUCCGGGUUUGACUGGUGCUCCAGGCGCCCAAGGGCAUCAGGGGCAAAAAGGAGAACCUGGCUUUAUAGGACCUGGAGAUAAUGGGGAUCAUGGUGACCCAGGACCACAGGGGUACCCAGGGAGGAAUGGACAGGAUGGGAUACCAGGAAAAACAGGACUUAAAGGCCCACAGGGAGAGAAGGGCAAUCCGGGUCCUUUUGGGGCUAAGGGUCACCAGGGUGACCCUGGACCAGAUGGAUUACCAGGACUCCCUGGUAAAAUGGGAGUUCAGGGCUGCCCUGGGGUUGGAGCACCAGGGGAACCUGGUGAGAAGGGCUGCUUUGGUGUGCGUGGCCUGCCAGGGGAUCCUGGAGAUCCAGGUGAGAAGGGUGACCCUGGUAUGGUGUACGUAACACCUGGAGACCAGGGGAAGUGUGGAACAAAGGGUCCUAACGGUCCACCUGGGCAACCAGGGUGCCUGGGACCCAAAGGGUUAUGUGGGCUUCCAGGACCUUGUGGCAUAAAAGGCGAAGAAGGACUGUCGCAACCAGGAUUACAAGGACCGCCUGGUUGUAAAGGUGAAAAAGGCAUUCAAGGUUGUCAAGGUCCACCUAGCAUCGGGGUACCUGGUUGCUCAGGACCCAUAGGACAAUGUGGAUUGCCAGGGUUAAAGGGUGAUAGUGUUUGGGGCCCUCCAGGGCUCGCUGGCAGGCGAGGGCCUCCAGGGGAUGAUGGGAUGUGUGGGCCUGCUGGUGAAUCAGGUUGUCCAGGAAGUCCUGGAGUUUCUGGACAGUCAGGGAGAGACGGAUGCCCAGGGCCUAAGGGUGCCGCAGGGUUUGAUGGACCGCCAGGGGUGAGUGGUCCCUUGGGAUUCUGUACUUCUGGGCAGCCAGGUAACAAAGGAGUCCAAGGUCAGAAGGGAAUGCCUGGAAUGCCAGGAUGUCGGGGUCAGAAAGGUAUACAGGGUGAGCCUGGAUGUCAGGGGCAAAGUUUACUUGGAUUAGCCGGGCCAUUUGGGACACCUGGUUGUAAUGGAAAAGAUGGUCUACCUGGUCCAGCUGGACCAAAGGGAUUUAAGGGGACGAAUGGCAUGCCUGGUGGCUCAGGCCCACGGGGGAGUGACGGGCCUCCCGGGAGCCAAGGAUAUCCUGGACCUCCUGGAAACCCUGGAUGUCCUGGACGACCUGGGCCUAAAGGUUUUGCAGGCAGUAAUGGACAACCAGGUUACAGAGGUUCACAAGGCCCGAAAGGAGAACAGGGGUAUCAAGGUCCUAAAGGAGAACCACAAACUGUCUGCAACCCUGGAGACCCAGGAGACCCUGGAGACAUAGGUCUUCGUGGUCUGACUGGGCUUAAAGGGAGCAAAGGAAUCAGAGGAACGACUGGCAGCUGUGGCGGACAUGGAUUACAAGGCAGUGCUGGGCUACCGGGUCCUCCUGGAGAACGAGGCUGGGAAGGCUUGGCAGGUGAACCUGGUGUCCCUGGCUGUGUUGGAGAAGUUGGACCUCCGGGUCCUCCAGGUGCCAAAGGUGAGAAGGGGACACCAGGUCUCAAUGGAACACCAGGAGACUCUGGUACUUCAGGAGUAAAUGGCCCAAAAGGGAUCAAAGGUGAACCAAGUAGUCCUGGACCAGGAGAGCAAGGAAGCCCUGGAGACAAGGGUGAAGCAGGCAAACAAGGCUUUAAAGGAAAGAAAGGAGAAAGAGGAAUGUGUGGGCCUGUUGGACGUCCAGGAGCAGAAGGGUUUUCCGGAGAGGUUGGAGAGACAGGACGAUCAGGACAACCAGGCACCCCAGGAUUGCCUGGAGAAGAAGGUUUUGAUGGACAGCCAGGCCCUCCAGGUUGUCCGGGACCAAAAGGCCCACCAGGUUGUUCUGGGUCACCGGGCAAUCCAGGUCCGCCAGGUCUAAAAGGAAACCAGGGCAGGGACGGCAUUCCUGGACUUCCUGGAGAAAAAGGGAGUGCAGGAGCUCCUGGAUGUGGAACUCCAGGGCCACCUGGUAUCAGGGGUCAAUCAGGUUGUAAAGGGGAACCAGGACCCAUGGGGAAAAUUGGACCUCCAGGACCAUGCGGUCUAAUGGGAGACCCAGGGCCCAGUGGGACUCCAGGGCCAUCAGGACCCCCUGGAAAUCCUGGUCCACAGGGUUUGUGCGUGGAUGGACCCAAGGGAGAGCGAGGCCCUACUGGACAACCAGGACCACAAGGGCGCACAGGGAUAUGUGGUCCCCCAGGACCACCUGGCCUAGGCGUUAAGGGAGAAAAGGGCAACACUGGGACUUCCGGACUAAACGGAGUGUGUGGUUAUCCAGGAGACACUGGCCCACAAGGGAUUCCAGGUAUUCCUGGGAGUCCUGGUUACCCUGGUUGCAAAGGAGAAAAAGGACUAAAGGGUGAAACAGGACCUCGAGGUCAAAGAGGACAGGAUGGCUCACGUGGCCCACCAGGAUUGGAAGGACAGAAAGGGCGAAAAGGACGACCAGGUACAAGAGGGGAAGUUGUUUACUACGAUAAUAUAUUACUUUCCGGAGAGCGUGGUCUGCCUGGAGCUCCAGGAGAGAGAGGACCUACAGGAGCACCUGGUGUACCAGGACAUACAGGGCCACCAGGAGCCCGUGGUCCUAAAGGACUCCCUGGCCUAAAUGGCAUCCCCGGUGAACAAGGUUUACUUGGACAGAAAGGGAACAGAGGAUUGCCAGGGCUGACAGGAGCUUUGGGUGUUAUUGGUGAUGAUGGUAGGAAGGGUUCCAGAGGUCCACCGGGAACCUGCGUGCCCAACAAGGCCAGUGGUAGCUUCCUGUUCACCAGGCACAGUCAGACACGAGAGGUCCCGUCCUGCCCUUCUGGAUCCAGUGAAAUCUACUCCGGGUACUCACUCCUUUUUAUCAACGGCAAUAACCGGGGACACGGCCAAGAUCUUGGCACUAUAGGGAGCUGUCUACAGAUGUUCUCCACCAUGCCCUUCCUCUUCUGUAAUGGGGGAAACAUCUGUCGCUAUGCCUCCCGAAACGACUACUCCUACUGGCUGUCCACUGACGCACAAAUGCCCAGUGACGUGCCGUUUGUCUCAGAUGAUUCACUGGAGCAGUAUGUUAGCAGGUGUUCAGUAUGUGAGGCUCCAGGGAACGUGAUAGCAUUACACAGUCAGACCAGUGUGGCCCCAUCAUGCCCCAUCGGAUGGCAGCCUUUGUGGCAAGGCUACUCUUUUGUCAUGCAAACAGGUGUGGGUUCGGAGGGCUCGGGACAGCCCCUGUCCUCUCCUGGCUCUUGUUUAGAGAAUUUCCAGAAGAUUCCCUUUAUCGAGUGUCAUGGCCGUGGCACUUGUAACUACUACUCAAAUUCCUACAGCUACUGGCUGGCUGGACUGGAUCCUAGCCAGAUGUUCAGUAAACCAUCCCCACAGACAGUAAAAGAAGGCUAUCCAAGCAUCAUCAGCCGCUGUCAGGUGUGCAUGAAGGAGCACUUGUCUUGUAAUCAGACAUCCUGAACUUCAGAGACCUUUUAUUCAGCUGAGAUGGAGAUUUUUGGAGAUUUUUGGAAACGGACAUCUUUGUUUCCAUCCCAUGCUAGAUCUUCAAGAAGGUUCUUGAAGGAUGGAAAACAAACGUAGAACUCAUGGACUAAUUCACGACAUUUUUUGGGAACUUUCUAAACGCAGCAAUUGAACUAAUGACCCAUAUGUAUGCAUAUUUAAAUUUCUUUUUUUAUAUUUAAAUUUCAAGCGAGAAGAGAGGAUAAAAAAAAAAGGCAAAGAUAAACAGGAAAUUGGUGCAACAAAAGUCACCAGA